AUGUCCUCUUCGGAAACCCUCGACUUUGUCGCCUCAGUUACCGUGGGCAGGGUCUCAAGAGCCGUCCUCAGUCGCGUCGAGACGCGCUCAUUCAACACGGUGAAACUCAAUAGCCACCCGGAGUCUCUAAGACAGUUUGGCGACGUCUUUUCAGACGAGACAAUUCGAGAUUUAGUCAAGGCUAUUCGGUUUGAUGUCGUUCUCCCGGUUAUCAGCGAUAAGCGCCUGCGGAACAAAAGCGGCCGGAGACUCCAUCCCGAUGCCAUCUGUGUCAUGGCCAAAGCCCUUCCAUGCCUCGAGCACACGAUCUGGGAUUUGUACAUGCCACCACGCCGCAUGCCCACUCUGCGAAAAGAGUUCAAAGCCGCACUCGCUAGCGCAUUGCUGAAGCCGAUGUACGCUUCUCUGGCUACGUUGACUAUUCUUCUCUGGAAUCCUGACCCGCGAAAUGAAGAGGCGAUACUUAUCCCGGAUGAGGAAGAGGAUCGUCUCAGUCUUGGGAUGCGAAGAAUCUGCGAGCUUCCGACACUUGUUUCUCUUUUUCUCUGGGGAAAAUGGUGCCUGUCAUAUUGCGCCUUUAGAUGUUUUGGUCCUUCAGUGAGGUCUGUGUUUGUCGACAUGUCCAUGGUAACGCCGGAUGGAGGGUGGUUGCUCGACGUCUACCCUGGAUCCGAGGAAGAAGUGGAAUACGACGUAGAGUCAGAAUUCAGCUCUGACUCAGAUGAUCAAGGCGAUACUCUGCCGGAUAUAAACUCGGAAAACUCGGAUAUCGAGGACCGUCUCACAAGGAGAGCAGAAGCAACGGCGAAUCAGGACCGACCGUGUAAAGAGAUACGAGAAGUGCCAAACCCCGAGACCUUUACCCUUUUGGUGACUUCAUUUGCGCAAGCUGUGGCCAACUCAGACUCUCCGUCUUGCCUUGGAUUCGCAGAGAUGAGACUCUCGACCCCGUUGGCGUCGAUGCGGCUUAGUUACUGUGACGGUGCUGGAGGAGAGGACCCAAGACUUGGUGCCCUUCCCGACUUUGCACAGAGGAUUAUGAGGGUGGAUAAAGUCGACAUGAAUAGAUGGCUGUUCAAUGGUUAUGGUGGUAUCACGGCUUCAGGGUGGAAGAUUCCUGCUGUCAUGUGGGAUGCCAUGGAGAAGGCAGUGGGAGCGGAGAACAUUGACACGAAUAUUGACGUUGAUAGGAUUGCGAAAGUGUAG